AUGAGCAGCUACCCGCGCCCCCGGCCGAUGAGCUUCAGCAGCCGCUCCCAGGGCUCGCAGCCCAGCUGGGGCUCCCUGUACCGGGCCGGCUCGGGCUUCCAGCCGGGGCUCCGCAGCUCCCCCAGCCUGGGCCGCCUCGGCCCCGCCGCCUACCCCAGCGGCCUGUCCGGCUCCUUCCUGCUCUCCUCGCUGCCCAGCCUGGAGAUCGACCCCGCGCUGCACCAGAUCCGCAGCGAUGAGAAGGAGCAGAUCAAGGGGCUCAACAACCAGUUCGUCUCCUUCAUCGACAAGGUGCGUAACCUCGAGCAGCAGAACAAAGUGCUGGAGACGCAGCUGAAGCUGCUGAAGGACACGGACCAAUACAAGUCCAACCUGGGGAAGAUCAUGGCGCGCUCCAGCCAGAACCUGAAGCAGCAGAUCGAGACGCUGAACCAGGACAAAGGCAAGCUGGGGACGGAGCUGGACCACAUGCAGGCGUUGCUGGAGGAGCUGAAGGGCAGGUAUGAGGACGAGAUCAAUCGGCGGAACCAGCUGGAGAACGAAUUUGUCGUGACGAAGAAGGAUCUCGACGACCUGUAUCUGCAGAAGGUGGAUAUCGAAUCGAAGCUGGAGAGUAUCACGGACGAAAUCGACUACCUCAAGCAGCUGUACGACGAGGAGAUCCGGGAGCUGCAGUCCCAGAUCCAGAACACGCAGGUGACGGUGGAGAUGGAUAACAGCCGGGAGCUGGAGAUGAAGCAGGUCAUAGACGAGGUGAAGGCUCAGUACCAGGCCAUGGCAGCCAGGAGCCGGGAGGAGGCCGAACAGUGGUACAAGCACAAGUUCGACGACAUGGCGACCCAGGCCCAGAAGCACAACGACGAGAUGAAAACCAUCAAGAGCGAGAUCGCGGAGCUGAACCGCUACGCCCAGAGGAUCAAUGCUGACAUCGAGGCCCUGAAGAACCAGCGAGCCAACCUGGAGAGCGCCAUCGCGCUGGCAGAGGAGCAGGGCAAGCAGGCCGUGCGCCGCGCCAAGGACACGGUGCAGGAGCUGGAGGAUGCGCUGAAGGGGGCCAAGCAGGACAUGGCGCGGAAGGUGCGCGAGUACCAGGAGCUGAUGAACAUCAAGCUGGCCCUGGAUAUGGAGAUCGCCACCUACCGCAAGCUGCUGGAGGGCGAGGAGAACCGGAUGAUCGGCCAAGGCCCGAACCUGCAUAGCAGCGCCAUGGACAAACGGGGUGAGUCUCUUCCCCUGGUGGCUGCCACGCCGCCCGGGCCAGUCUCCUCGCCCAAGAGGCCGAUCCUGAUCAAGACCGUCGAGACCAAGGAUGGGAAGGUCCUCUCGGAGUCCAGCCACUUCUCGGAAAACUAG